AUGAGGAAUCUGGCCUUGCUAGAGAUAUAUUCAUCGCAGAUCCCGAAAUGCAAUAUCACGGCCACAGUCGUCGAUCCCGAAGAAGGACUCUUAUGGGCUGCGUCCGAACGAUUGAAUGCAGACUCGGAUUUGCAGGUCGAGCUCUGGACUGAGAAAGCCGGUAAAAAGGUGGAGACUACUCGCAAUGCUUCACCACUAUCAUGUAUCACCACAUUCACCUCCGCGACGAAUCAAUCCGUAUCAGAUGGAAUCCCCCAGGUUGCAUCGCUAAGUUUGGUCAUGGACCAUCGUUCUUUGGUUCUCGUCGUGCGCGGGGGAGACAUUGCUACCAUGAAGCUUGACGAUACUGAUCCUACGUUUGAGGUUGUUGGGUCUGUAGAGGAUGGCAUUCUGGCAGUUGCAUGGAGUCCGGACAGCGCCUUACUUGCCUUGGUCACUGGUGACAGAAAACUCAUUCUCAUGACCUCAACUUUUGAUAUUCUUUUUGAGGCACCCUUGAAUACAGAAGAAUUCGGUGAAGCUGCCCCCAUCAAUGUUGGCUGGGGUUCCCAACAAACACAGUUCCACGGCUCUCUUGGCAAAGCGGCUGCACAAACUCCGUCGCCAUCUACUCUUAGGACAGUUGGGACCUCCUCGGAUGACGAUCAUAUUCCCCGCAUUUCUUGGCGUGGCGACGGUUCCCUCUUUGUUGUAUCAUCUCUAUCUUCAUUGCCUCCGAGCUCUACGCCCAACGCUCUACGCCAUCGCAUUCUCCGCAUUUACAACCGUGAGGGAGCCCUCCAAUCGAGCUCAGAACCUGUUGCAGGGCUUGAGCACACCAUGUCAUGGCGCCCUUCAGGCAAUCUUAUCGUUGGGACUCAGCGCUUUGGAAGUGCCGCAGGACUUGCAAGUGGAAUAGAAGGAAGACACGACGUUGUGUUUUUUGAAAGAAAUGGCUUGAGACAUGGUGAAUUCACGUUGAGAGAAAAAGCCAUAGAAGCCGGUGCCAUGGUACCUCAUGGUAGGAACUGGGGCUAUAGAGUGAGAGAGAUAUGUUGGAGCCCAGAUUCCAACGUCUUGGCCAUAUGGAUCGAAGGAGAUGAAGGAGAUGUCGUUCAGUUGUGGGCGAUAGGCAACUAUCACUGGUAUCUCAAGCAAGAGGUCUUUGCCCCUCUGGGCGAGCCAUCGCAGCCUGGAAGGUUUACUUCUGUCAAUUGGCAUCCAGAGAACAACCUGGAACUUUUGCUCACAACGUCAACGACCAUCAUGCAUCGUACCUACAAGUGGGAAACAUUUGUGUCUCGUAUGACGCAACCCAACGAUACUGGGUCUGUGGCUGUAGUAGACGGGACAACCAUUCUUCUGACACCUUUUCGAACGCAAAAUGUUCCUCCGCCAAUGUCAUCGCAUCAGCUAUCUCUGAACCCUACACCUCUUUCGCCGUCCCGUCGUCGGCCUACUCCCAUCUAUACAAGUUUCUCGCCCUCCGAAGACAUCAUCGCCGUCCUUUGGGAAAGCGGAUAUGUCGAACUAUGGGAUCUUCACACACGAUUGGGGCCGGGACCUGGGAAAGUCAUCAAUCCAGAACAACUCUGGAACGGAAUGAUCGAUCAACAUAGUUCCUCGCGGCAUUACAAAGAGAUUUCUGUGUGGACGGCACCGGAACUUAUUCAAACCGCUGGUGCUGUCGCAAGGAUUGCUGUGCUGGGCUAUAAGCAGGAAGGAAACGAUGUCCUGCAGGUAGUAGAGGUAGGCAAAAAUAUUUUCGAGAACUUCGCCACUCCUGCGCUUAAGGGCAUCAGUUGGCGGUUCGUCCAAUCCAGUGGCCCUGUCACAUGCUGGCAUCAGACAACGAUAUUUGAAUGUACGUCCAGAAUUACAACCCACCUUUCGGUGGCCAGCUCACAGAAGGCAAUAGAUGAUGUGGCGAAGCCCGUGCUCAGCUCUCGUGCAGAACUUAGCACCGCGUGUCACAACGUCGAACGGAUUCAGCCUUUUUCAAGUUCUGUACCCCUUUACAUUGGCCUCUCAGCCUCAGGCACAAUUUCAACCAGCACCCCUUCUGCCGCAUCCCGCAUCUUAACACAAAACGCGAACUCUUUUCAUGUUGCUUCAGGGUUAAUUGUGUACACGACGACAGCCCAUGAAGCCCACUUCAUUUCUGCUUCUGACUUACUAGACGACAGGGAAAUCACGCUAUCUGAACGCCGCCGCAUAGAAAGAGGUUCUAAGAUCGUAACGGCGGUGCCUAGCACUAUGAGCCUCGUGUUGCAGAUGCCUCGAGGCAAUCUAGAAACAAUCAAUCCUCGCCCAAUGGUUAUGAAGGUUGUUAAAGCUGAUAUUGACGCGGGGAGCUACCGCAAGGCAUUCUUAUCGUGCAGAAAACAUCGCAUCGACCUCAAUGUCAUAUUUGAUCACAAUCCUCGUGGAUUUAGGGAUAAUCUUUCUUCGUUCGUGGAACAAGUUAACGAUGUUGACUACAUCAACUUGUUCCUUGCAAGCCUCGGGAGUGGCUCUCAACCCGUAGAGGUCGUCGCGGAGCUCUGCGAUCUUAUUCGAGAAGAACUCGAACGACGGGACCUCAAAAAAUAUGUAAAUUCGAUCUUGACAGCAUAUGUAGUAAAGCGACCCCCAGCCCACGAAGCUGGACUUGGGCUACUACUCCGUUUGCGAGAUAGUGAUCCGACAUUAGUAGAAGAAGCUGUCAAGUACAUAAUAUUCCUAGCGGAUGCGGAUACUUUAUUCAAUACGGCGCUUGGGAUGUACGACUUCACGCUUGUGCUCAUGAUUGCACAGUAUGCGCAAAAGGAUCCGCGAGAAUACCUCCCUUUCCUUAGAGAACUACGAGCUUUGCAACCAGCAUAUCAACACUUUCGGAUUGAUGAUCAUCUGAAGCGUUAUCCAAGUGCUUUGAAGAACCUCAGUCUUGCCGGGGCCGAUCAUUUUGAUGAGGCCAUGUCGUAUGUCGAGAAGCAUCAGUUAUACGAGUCUGCUUUAUCAAUCUGGCGAAAAACAGAUCAAUAUUAUACAGUUUUGAGUCUUUAUGGCGAAUGGCUUUUCGAGCGGGGAGAUUUCAAGCAGGCUGCUAUUGUAUUUAUUGAAGCGGAAAAGGCGUCAAAGGCCAUGGUUGCGUAUGAAAAAUCUUUGCAAUGGAGAGAAUUAUUUGAGCUGGCUGGAAGUGAGGAAACCAUCCAUGGCUCGGACGUUAUUUCGAUGGCGUAUCGUGUGGCGGAUGACUUAACGUCCAAGAAAAGGCACUCAGAAGCGAGCACUGUCCUCCUGGACUAUGCCAAGGACGUCCGUGAAGCAGUAGUUGCCCUCGUUCAUGGUAACAUGUUCUCCGAGGCACGUCGAAUAGCAACACUCCACGCACGCUCAGAACUGUUAGAAGAGAUCAUUUAUCCCAGCACUCUCGAAGCUCGCGCACAGAUUGCGGAAGACAUUGAGGAGAUGCGUGAGCAGCUGCGUAAACAGGUCCAGCGUUUGCGUGAGCUCCGCAUCAAGAAGAUAGAAGAGCCUGAGUCAUAUUACGGCGCCGAAGAUACUGAUCUGCAUAAUGUUGAUGUUAUGACUGACGCCUCGCAGUUCACUGCGUUUACGAGGUAUACUGUAGCCCCAUCGACCGCGUCGCGAACAUCGAAACGGAGCUCGCGCUCGAAGCGGAAAAUGGAACGCAAGGUUGGAUCUGGCCGGAAGGGCACUGUCGAUGAAGAGGAAUACCUGCUCAAAUCUAUCACGAAACUCGUGGGGAAAUUCACUACCAUGCAAGAUGACGCUAGUAACCUUAUCCCUCACCUGCUGCAUUUCACCGCCGAUCAUCGGACAGAGGCUCGUUUACUGCAAAACGAGAUCAGUGAUUUCGAGUCGGAGCUGACAAAGGUAUUGGAGGAAGUGUGGAUAAAACCACUCGGAAUCGCAGAGGGUGAGGAACCUCAGGAUAGUUGGGCAAUUCGUAUGGAAGAAAAAGAGAAAGACCGAGAGAAGGCCAUCCGAGACGUGGUCAAACCCGAGCUAAAGCACAAGGACGAGUGGAGGACGAGGCUGAUUGUUAUUGGGUUUGAUGAAAACUCGAAUGUUGAAGGCUGA